CAUAUGUAAUUAUAGUCCGCACAUACAUAUGUACAUACUGUAUACCUACUAGGUACCUACAUAUGCAGGUACUUAUGUAUAUAUUACUACGCAAAACACAUACGAAACUACCUACAUAUGUCACAUAUAGGUAGUUUCGUAUACUUAGGGGAAUUACUCAAAACAUCUCACAAACCCAAGGUCAGGGCUACUUAAUCCAUUGCAUCCAGUCGUUAACCCGCUUUGCUUGUGUGGUAGUACACGAAAUAAAUAUGGCUACACCAAAACCUGACCACUUAGAGAGGACGGCUGCGGAGCCACGGGAUAAGUCUCUUAACAUCGUCACUCUAGCUGACGUCGCUGAGAUCAAUGACCAAAUCAGACUAUUCCGUCUUGAACUCUCUGCCCCUCUUCGGUUCUCGCCAGGCCAAUGGUUGGACGUCUUCGUACCGGGCGUUUCAAAAGCGGGCGGCUAUACCAUUACCUCGCCGCCUUCGAAGGCGCGCCCGUCCUCGUCUCAGGAUGGCUCACCAGGUUACUUGGAACUAGCAGUCCAGAAAUCCGAUGACCCUCCCGCCGCGUGGUUGUGGCAGGAUCCUAGUUCUAUCACCUAUGCUGAGCUGCAGGUCCGUGUUGGCGGCAGCUUCGUGUGGCCACCUCCCGGCAUUAACGUAUGGUCGCUGCGCCGCGCCGUUUUUGUCGCCGGCGGCGUCGGCAUCAAUCCGCUCAUGAGUAUGCUUAGUACCCUUGCCGAGAGGGGCGCGGAUGCCAUCGCUCCUAGGUUUGAGGUCCAGGUUUUGUACUCGUUGAAAGAUGACUUGUCGGGAGACCAGAGAAAGGCUAGCCGCAUGCUAUUCCUCGAUAGACUGGCUCCAAUCUUCACAUCUGGAGAGUUGAAAGGCCGAUUGCACUUAUUCUUGACGGGUGGUAGUAGCGAAGGGGAAUACGAGGGUGUUAUAGCUUGUGGGGGCAACGAUGGAGUAGGAGAAAGCAAUGUUCCGUUCCGCAAACGAAGGAUCACAGUAGAGGACAUCACUGCUGCUGUCGGCGGUGCCUCGGAAAGGAGAUUCACUGUGAUUUAUGUUUGCGGAGUCCCCACCAUGACGGACGAAUUUGUUGAGAAUCUCACAGAUUCACGGCGUGGGCUAGGGAUGGAGCCUCACCGGGUGCUGUGUGAGAGGUGGUGGUAGCUUGAUUCAGUCCCACGGGGUGCGGAUUCUAUAUCAUAAGAUAAAAGUAUCACUCUCUACCCGUCCACCCAAAAGAGCUACUAAAUACAUUCGAUGAUGUGCUCAUUGCCUCUAUGUUGUGUAUUUAUUCGGCCGUGUUAAUGUGUAUGGGCAGAGCUUGUUUCUUGGAACUUCACCGCAUUGGUAUUGAAUGUAGGGAUUUUGGAUCGAAAUCACUCUGGUUCUAAAUGUUCGAUGAUUACCAUCUACUUAACUACCUAGGUAGCUGU